GUCGUAUCGGACCGGAAUGGGAGGGUUGUUCUCGCCAACCUUCAGAAGCUGAGAAUCGAAGCUUGUGAUAAUUUCGAUCUCAAUUACAUGGACAUCGGGCCCUGGCUUCGACUGCCCUCUCUCACAAACUUCACGGGAGAGUUCAUCAGCGUCGGAAGCGAUGUGUCGACGUCGGGUCAUCCGAAUCUAACGUCAGUCUCGAUAUCUGAAGGCGCCAUCCGAAAGCCAUUUCUAGGAAACCUUCUAGGCUCGGGCUGCAAACUGGAGUCGUUCAGCUACGUAUUCAACACAAAUGGAGCUGUUCUAGAUGGCGGAUGGGCUACUCCUUUCGAAAUCAUCUACGCUCUGCGCGGCAACGCUAGCGACAGCCUGACUAGUCUGGAAAUAUGCUGCCCUGCUUACGAAGAAGAAAUACCAGCUUCCUGGAACCCUUCCAUGACCGUAUUCAAGAAGCUUGAAUGCCUCAAGAUCGACGGAUGCCUUCUUCCACAGCCAACUUUCAAACUGCCACGUUCCAUCAAAGAGCUACACUUGCAUGACUGCUACCCAUAUUUCACAGAGCGCGUCGAGAAGUUGACAAAUGCCAUCAAGUUGGCCCAUCCCGCUCUGGGAUCUUCCGGAUUCACGUUAGCUCCGUGCCCCAGCGAGAGCUCUAGGCGUUAACGCUUCCAAAAACCUAACGGCUUCAUAUGGCAAAAGUUCCUCGAAAUAUUACAUGUCAUAUCAUGCAGAUUAGUAAUGUAAGGUGUCUCUUCCAGUGCCACUUUUCUCCUCAAUACAUUUCAAUGUUCUGCAAGAGACGUGUGGUGUACCGUCAAAUCUGCAAACCACGCCGUCUGAGGUGACCUGGCGUUGUCACUGCUCGCUCAAAAACACAAAAGUUCAUUUCAGUCUAAUAUUCAAUAAAAUGUAGAAGCACGUUCGACGGCGGGAAAACAGAUGUACAUAAGCCAAUAGCAAGGUCAUUAAGCAGGUUUGCACGCCC